GAUCGGAUUUUCUCUGCGGUAAUCUCCCCAAAACCUCGCAUAAUUCUCCCGGCGAUCGAUCCGUUUGACCCCGUCUGGGUUUUGCAAACCCUAAUUGCACAUACAGAGUGAAAGAAGCUGAAUCCUCACUUUUCUGAUCAUGGUUUACAUUGAAUCAUGGGACGAUUUCGUGGAAAAGUCCGUCCAAUUGUUUCGAUCCGAUCCCGAAAAAACUCGUUAUGCUAUGAAAUACAGGCAUUGUGAUGGAAAAUUGGUGCUCAAAGUCACCGAUGAUAGAGAGUGUAUCAAAUUUAAGACAGACCAAGCUCAGGAUGCAAAGAAGAUGGAGAAGUUCAAUAACAUCUCCUUUACUUUGAUGGCUCGGGGACCUGAUGCCGACAUAACUGAAGGUGGAGGAAAAGAACAAGUUGAAGCACAGGCACCAAGGAGAGGAAGGGGAAGGAAGCAAUAGUAUUACGAUUCAUCAGCAUCUGCCUCCCCAACGUAAGAAACCAUUCUGUGAGACAUGGUUUAAUUUAGUUAUAAUUUAUUUCAUGUGAGAUGCAAAGAAUUUUGGUUUAAUUUAGUUAUGAUUUAUUUCAUGUGAGAUGCAAAGAAUUUUGGUUUAUUCCUAUUAUUGAAGAUAACAGUGCGUGAAAUGGCUUUGGUAACUUCAUUUCACUGAUA